AACGCUGUCAAAUUGGCAUGGGUGUUUGGGUGUAACUUCAAAACCGUACGGACGGACACAGGGCAGAACCAAAAGCUAGUUCCGUGUAUUGGCACCGAGGCAGCUUCUUUCGGUCUCACUGAGUGAGUGUAUCAUGGCGGCACAGAUGGCGGUAAAUUCGGGAGCCAGUCUGUGGCGGCCACUGAAGGAGCUCUGGGAGACGGUGGAUGGAGCCUUGUUGAAGAGACAGUCAGAGAGUGUCCAUCUUUUAGAUUUGCAGCUCAAAAAGCAUAAACCACACUUUUUGUCACUUUUUAAGAACCCGCCCAAAAGUGCUGAACAGAGGGAAAAAGUGCGCAAAGCCAGCACUGACGGCAUUGCCAUUCAGGGUCAACAGGGGUCUCGGCUGCUUCCUGAGCAGCUUCUGACAGAGGCUUUCAUCCUGAGUGACCUCUUUGAUAUUGGAGAGUUGGCAGCAUUGGAGCUACUGUUAGCGGGUGAGCAGCAGCAGCCAUAUUUUCCUGGGCUGACUCGAGGACUGGUAGCUGUGUUGCUUUACUGGGAUGGAAAGCUUUGUGUGGCCAACUCUCUGCAGACACUCAUUCAAUCACGCCAUGGCAAAACCUUUACCCUGAAUCUAAGUGUGGAGUUGGUGGCCCUGACAACUCGUUUUACAGAUGAGCUGAUGAGCCAAGGUUUGACCAAGCGUAUCCUAAACUUGAUGUCAGAGAUUAGUGUUACACGUGAAUUUGAAAAGCUUCAAAAAGAACGAGGCCUUGGUAAUGAAAAGCACAGGAAAGAGGUUUCCUACCUAAUCAAUGAAUGCAGACAGGUGCUGGCUGACAGCUUGUUUUCAUGGACCUGCCAAUCACCCCUAACUAAAGAUGACACUCUGGCUCUCAUCAGCCAUCUGGAAACAGUGACAGCUCAGGCUGAUGGCUCAUUGCACAGUGUAAACCUGGCUCUGGUUAUGGCCCUGCUGUACUGCUUAGACGUCAGCUUUGUUGAACAAGGGACUGAAGAUAGAGAAGAUCUGCUCCAGGCACUGCCCUUGUUGACUGAGAGACAGUACGUUGGUGCAGUACACAGUCGUCUCAUGGCGGACCAACCAUGGAGACUUCCGGGGCUUCAGGCAGUGUGUCGACUGGCAUGGGCUCUGUCCCUUAGGGUCCUUUCCCAACUGCCACAAGGUUCUGCUCUUGUAGAAUUCACAGAGGCAGAUGAGGCCCUGACUGACCAGGCUCUGCUGGGAGAUGUCUUUCUGUUCAUAAAGGAAGGCAUGCUGGGAUGUGAGAGUUUUGCACAUGAAGAGUUUUACAUCCGUCGGCUCCAUUCACUUAUCACGGAUUUCCUGGCACUUAUGCCAAUGAAGGUGAAACAGCUUCGCAACCGUGCUGAUGAGGAUGCCCGGCUGGUGCACAUGUCUCUACAGAUGGAUAGUGAACUUCCAUCAUCCCUGCGGAAAGACCUGGAGCACCUAAUGAACCUUAUAGGGGAGUUUUAUAGCAAAGACUCAUUUGGACUGGAACUGGGUCUGGAGUUCUGGUGUCCCACAGAGUCUCUCCAACACACUUCUCUACAGGGAUCCUACCUGGGAAUGGCUCUGCAGAGGCCUCCGCAUAAGCAGGUGGUGUUGUCCAAGUUUGUGCGACAAAUGGGAGAUCUUCUGCCCUCAACACUCUACAUCUCCUAUCUCCACAUGCUUAAAGGCCUUGCAAAUGGCCCACAGUGUGCCCACUACUGCUUUAGCCUAUUGAAAACUAAUGGAACCACACACAGUGACAACAUUCAGGGAGUUUCGGGCAGCCCUGUGUCCUGGGAACAUUUCUUUCAUUCACUGAUGCUGUAUCAUGAGAACCUACGGAGAGAUCUACCAAAUCCGGAUGCAGUGCAGUACCGACACCCACCAUUGAGGGGCAUCACUCAAAGAGAGCUGGAAGGACUCACUUCGUUUUUGCAGUUGCUCACCAAGAUUAUAUCAUGGAGUGAAAAUGCCAGACUGGCCUUAUGUGAACAUCCUCAGUGGACACCAGUUAUAGUGAUGCUGGGAUUACUACAGUGCAGUGUUCCACCCGUCUUGAAGGCAGAGCUCCUGAACUGCCUGGCUGCCUUUGGAAAGUCACCAGAGAUUGCUGCAUCACUGUGGCAGUCACUGGAGUACACACAGAUUCUCCAGACUGUUAGAGCUCCAGGACAGAGACAAGCAGCUGGAAUCGAGGUUGAGCUGAAUGAGAUCGAGUCCAGCUGUGAAGAGUACCCUCUGACACGGAGCUUCUGUCAUUUAAUCAGCACCUUGGUGGAGAGCAGCCUGCCUGUUAAUCUGGGAGCUGGGCUACGUGUUCCAGGAUUUCAGCCAUACCUUAACUUCUUGCGAGAUUCUGUGUUCCUCCCUUUCCCCACAAGAGCCUACCGUCGCCCAGAGGAGAAGUGGGAGGUUGCAGACUCUGUUCUGGAGGUGUUUCACAAACUGCUGCGUGACUAUGAGCCUCAUCCUUCAGACUUUGUUCAGGAGAUGGUUGAGCUACAGGGUGAGCAGGUCCCUGCCCAUAAGCCCCCCGGCCACAGUAUUAUGUUCCAUCUGCUCAAUGACUCCCCAACUCUGGCCCUUUGCCUCAGCCUCCUGGAGGAAGGUGUACGCCAGCUGGACACUUAUGCACCAUUCCCUGGUAAGAAACAUUUGGAGUCAGCAGUGUUGCAUUGCCUGUGUCUGUUCGACCUGGUUCUGCAGAAGGAGGCAGUUUUCAUGGAUCUCCUCAGGGAGAGCCAGGAUUCUAUGCUGGUCUCGCCAUUGGAGCAGCUGCUUCAGGGGGUCAGUCCUCAAACACGAAGAGCCGAUCAUAUCGUCACCAUUGCCAGGUUUCUUUAUCACAACAGCUCUGACCCAGAAGCUGCCUUCCAAAGUGCCAAAAUCCUACGCCGUGUUGCCAUCUACCCAAACAUUCAGAUUAGGUUGGUGGGAGAUUUCACACAUGAUCAGACUGUGAGCGUCAAACUGAUGGCUGGCUUUGUGCAAUGUUUGGACAAUGAGGAUGCAGAGGAAGUGACGGAGAAAGUAGAUGAAUCAGAUGAGCAGAGAAGGCUAGCAACAGUUCGACAUGAAACCCAAAUCCAUAUUUUGAACCUGCUUAUCACAUCCCUGGAGCUCAAGGCACCAAACCUGGCACUGUAUCUUUUGGGUUACGAAGUCAAGAAACCUGUGGGCUCAACUAACCUCCAGGAUCCAGGUGUGUUGGGAUGUCCACGGAGCUGCUUGCAUGCGAUCCUGAGUCUGCUGCAAAAAGGGACAGAGAAGAGAUCUGGACCUGUCCUCACUCAGCAGGCCCCACACCUGGCUGAGCUUUGCUACCAGGUGAUCUACCAGCUGUGUGCCUGCCCAGAUACGUCUGAACCUACCAUGCGUUACCUGAGGACCAGCCAGGACUUCUUGUUCUCUCACCUCCAACAUUUGCCGUUCAGUCUCCCCAGUAACCAGAUCGCUUCCCUCUCUCAGAUGUCAUGGCUCAUGAAAACAGCUGCCAUAGAGCUGAGGGUCACAUCAUUAAACCGCCAGCGGUCACACACACAACGUCUGGUCAGCCUCCUGCUAGAUGACCAGCCACACCCCCAGCAUACGGCUGAUGGUGAGUCUGGAAUGGAGGAAGAGAACAGAUCUGUUAGUGGUUUCCUGCAUUUUGACACGGUUUCUAAAGUGCGAAGAAAGCUGUUGAGUGUACUCGAUGCCAUCGAUUUCAGUCAGACAAUGCCCGAGCUUCUGCAGCUGGAUUUCUUUGAGCGCACUCAGAUUGAGCAAGUCAUCUCCAACUGCGAGCAUGUCAAUGAGCAAGGACAUAAUGUGUGCAAUGUUAAGCUGCUACACAGAGUGCUGGUCGCUGAGGUGAACGCCCUGCAAGGAAUGGCCGCCAUCGGACAGAGGCCAAUGUUAAUGGAGGAGGUGAACUCAAUCCUGCAACACGUGGUUGAACGUAAUGUUGUCCGCCGGAGUCUAACUGCAAAGAGACAUGUGCUGCAGUCUUGGAGGAACCUGGUGGAGACUCUGCUCACUGCCUGCCCUGCAGAUCUGAUACCUGCUGACGACAGACAACUUAUUAUCAGAGACCUGCUGCUGGACCUGCAUGAUAAAGUGUUGUCCAAGGAUGCAGCAGGGGAACUGAUGCCCAUCGUUGCAGGUGCAGUCUUUACCCUGACAGCCCACCUCAGUCAGUCAGUUCUCUCUGAGCAGCAGCAGGGCCUGGGGUUAGAAACCUCCUCCGGCUUUGCUUCCAUCGCCAACUCCGCCCUGCACCUGAUCCUAAGAAAGCUUCUGGACUUUAUACUUUGUACUGGAGGUGGAUACCAGCGUCUUCGUGCUCAUCUGUAUGGCUCUCUGCUCUACUACCUGCAAAUUGCCCAGAAACCAGAUGAACCAGAUACGCUCCAGACAGCUGGGAGGGCAAUGUGGGAACGACUCACCGCUCCUGAAGAUGGCUUCUCCAAACUUCAGAGAGAAAAUCUUGCUAUCAUUGAGAGUUACGGGAAGUCUCUCAUGGAGGUUGUGUGUAGAGAUGCCUGUGACGGCCAUGAGUUUAGCAGAAUGCUGGCCUUGGCAGUGCUGGACAGAAUUCUGUCUAUAGAUCGUCAGAAUCAGUGGCUGCUUUAUGCCUGCAACAGUGGCUACCUGCGGUCACUGGUGGAGAGCCUGAGACAGGACGAUGUCGCCCUGCAGAGUCUGCUCACGCCUCAGCUGCCCCUACUUAAACCUCUCUACAUCUACGAGAGCAAGAUGGCUUUGCUCACUCGUGUGGCCAAGACAAGCCAAGGAGCUGUGGAGCUGCUGCGCUGUGGACUAGUGGCUCAUUUAAUUGAGUGUCAGGUGUUUGACAUGGUACCUGACAGUGAUGCACACAGAGUGAUGAGGGACGGAUCAGGCUUCAUCCCCAGUCCUAUGGACCGCUAUAGACAGAUCCUCAUACCAACUCUGAGGCUAUUCCAGGUUAUUCUGACCUCCACCACCAUGAACCACCAGCAGGGGGCAGCACAGGUUCUUCAGUGGCUCAUAGUCCAUGCAGACACCAUCCAGUCUCUGUUGCGCUCACAUGAUCUGAGUAUGGGAGCUUUGCAGGUGCUGUCUUUGGUAACAGGAAUCAUCAGUAAGACGGCUCUGCCAGGUGUUUUACAGGCUGGUGGAGAUGUGAACAGUGCAGCCAUCAUGGAGUUCCAGGGUCACAUCAACAGAUUCCAGCGUCUUUGUCUGUCUUUGCUCUCCUGUCUGGUGGGAAGUGAGCGAGAGAGAUUACUGAAGCAGGCAGAAAUCGCUUCACCUGGAGAGUCAGCAGAACGACGAGAGGACAUGGAGGUGGCCAUGCAGCAGGUGUGUGCCAACAUAAUGGAGUACUGCCAAACUCUGCUGCUGCAGAGCUCCACCCAAGCUCAGUUCAGCAUCUGCCUCUUCACCCCUGUAGGCAGUGAGCCAGCUGGCAGAGAUGGAGGACGCACAGAUCUUUCUUCUUCUCUGCCCUUGAUGAAUUAUUCCCGAGCACCCAGUCUGGGUCUGGUUCUGUACCUGUUGAAGACCAGUACUGCAGAUUUCUUCAGGUUUCACCAGAGUCACAGACAGAGCCUAGAUAAGCUGCAGAACCUGGAUCAGCUGCCUCCUGAAGAGCUGAAAGAGCUGUGCCAUGGUUUGGUGUCAGGCUCAGGAGGUGUAGAGAAAAUCUCCUCCGUCCAUAGAAGUCUGCUCGCCAAGAGACGACUGGUCCAGCUGAUCAACAACAGAGCCAAGCUGUUGGCCCUCUGCUCCUAUGUUGUAGAGACAUGUUUGUUUGUGUUGUGGCGCCACCUUGAGUACUACCUUUUGCAUUGUACUCCGACUGACCCCAAAGACUCUCUGUUAUCUGGAGCAAGCUUGGUUCGAUCCCGCUUCACUGACGAUUCAUUUGGAGAUUUGCAGGCGAGUGCAAGCCGUGGACUGUCGCGAGUCAGCCAACAAGACUUGGACCUGCUUAAGAGUGACAUGGUCGCAGGUUUCGGGGAAGUGCUGCAGAGGAAGCUGUUGGAGGUGGAGGGCCUGUACAGCCAAGUCCGCUCCCGCUACACCUUCAUCCAGGCCCUAGUUCGGAGAAUCCGCGGUCUGCUCCAACAUACCAAAAGCUGAGACAUUUGUACAAGAACAAAAAAAACAAGACCAAGAGUUUCUAAAUUGGAACCCUGGCCCCGAUGAGUCAUGAAAAACUAUUAAGGAACUUUUUCAGUCUUUUUGCUUUUUUUUGUGCACCUCACUUCCCUUUUUACUGACUAGUACAACUCUUGUCUUUGAUUACUAUGGUAUGCUAACAUUGUUAAAUCUGAUAAUGCUUUCUAUGUGACCAAUGCUCAUGAAUUUAGACCUGACACUGGGCAAGUAGAACUAAUGAGAACACAUUGAACGAAUGUUUUACAUGUGCUUGUUGAAAUUGAUUUUUUUUUUUCUUUUUGUGAAAAUAAACAUUUUCUAUGUCUGGUAAA